AUGGACCUGUCCAGUUUCAGAAAACGCACUCGCGAAACAGAGAGCGACGACGAGGAGGCGGCCGUGCGUCGCAAGGAGCCGUCGAGCACUGCCCAUAGCUCGGAGCAGCACGCGGCAGCCAGCGACCCCAUGGAGCCAGCCCUUCCGGUAAGGGCGACAGCCACCUCCUUCGCGCCUCCUCCGAGCGAGGACGCGCCUGGCACAACCCCCGAAGCGCCGUCUGCUCCCGAUAGCGGCGCGUCCCCCGCAGCGUCGUCUGCCAGCAGUCCGGCUGCACACAAGAACGCUACCGACGCGAUGGAGCUGGCAGAGGAGACAACCACCGUUUCGUCGCCGCAGGGCCCCGUGCACGCCGCGGCGCGGUUCUUGAAGGACCCGCCACGCCAGACUGCUCCGUGGCUGAAGCCAAAAGGGAAGAAGAAGAAGCAGAGAAAGGAGCCUGCCGAUGUCUCGCCUUCCUCUCGCGAGGCAACGGACGACUCGCGGCGCCAACCUGCUACCCCGAUCACCCCAAGCGCGCCUGCAGCGGCAGUACAGAGGGCGACACCACCUGCCCGUGAGCCAACGCCAGACGGCUUCACUCUGGUGCAGUCGAAGGGGGACAGGCGGCGUGCACGGACCCUGGAGAACGCUGCGCUCCCGGUAGACCCUGCAGUCAUCGGAACGGUGCUCUUCCGUCGCGCGGCGCCUGGCGGAGCCUUCCGAGGAGCACUGCGCCUCGCACUUGCCGCGGCCCUCUCUUCGCGGCCCGGACUAUCAGCGGUUCGCGUCAACCACAGGCGCAACAUCGUCGCCGCCGACACUACCACCCAGGAGUGCCUAGAGGGGUUGCUCAAGCUCACCGAGCUGCACGCAAUCCCUGUGACUGCCCGACUACCGGCCGAGUGCGGCAAGAGCACCGGCUUCCUGCACGGUGUGAGCGGGCUGCCUGCAGGCACGGACCUACUGGGAGCCAUUGAGUCCAGCAUCCCUGUGCUGUCGGCAACGAUGGACGGGAGCACCGUCACCAUACGUUUCGCAGGACCGGUCACCUCGGAGCACGUACGCCUUUGCAAGCAAGGCUUCAGGGUGAGGCCAGCCAGGCCCCGCCCAGUACAGUGCGGCCGCUUUGGGCACGUCCCGGAGUCCUCUCAGUGGCCGACCGACUGCAUCUCCUAUGGCAAAAGUCACGCAGCGAACAUCUCAUGUCAGGCCGUACGCUGCAGGAACUGCAGGGGCUCCCACAGGGUGGACACUCCUGCUUGCCCCAAGUGGCAGGAAGAACGCAAGGUAGCCACAAUCAUGGUUUCCUCUACCUCGCCAUUGUCGAGGCGCGCUGUCAGGGCGGCAGUCCGCGGGAAGCAGCGGCAGCAGCGGUCCUCACCUCCGGCGAGGUCGUAUGCCAGCACGCUGAAGGGCCCCAGCCCGGCACCCAGGCCUCCGGUGCCAGCCCCUCGUGCCUCCCGCAGCCAGGCGACACAGGACACUGCCGCUUCUCCUGCCCAGACUACCGUGGAUCAGCUGGUAGCGAACCUGCUGCUCAUCAUGGAAGCAAUCAGCACAAUGCUGCCAGCUGACCACCCACUCCGACCCAUCUGCCUGCAGGCAGUGGCUUGCCAUCAGCCAUCCAACCACCAUGGCUGA